AUGUGGACGGUCGGUUACUUGCACUGGAUUGUCGCUGCUACAAUAUUGUGUCAUGUUGAAGCCUAUCAUACUCACCUGACGCCUCUUCCCGAUCACUCCAACCACUCUGGGAUGGUGCUGGGACUUUCGGAGAUGAUCAACCUACUGGCUCCGAAAACUCUGGCCAUUCUGGUGCUAAAUGAAACGAAAAUCGACCAAAUCGAUCGACUAACCGUGAUGGUUCACCAUCACAACAUUCCGACGUGCAUCUUCAUCGAUACUGAGAACUAUUUCCGCUACAUUCGAGAUAACCUGAAAAAAUCGGUUGACACGACGAGUCUUUUGUUCUCGCAUCCGGAGGAUAUGAUGGAAGAUAUUGCCGAACGACGGUUGGCCCAUCGCUUGAGUUUGUACAUUUUCUACUGGGGCGCAAAGAAUGUUCCGACUAAUUUGGACCGAUCGCUACUCCGGGAACCACUUCGGGUGGCCGUGAUAACCAAUCCAAGACGAAACAUUUUCCGAAUUUUCUACAAUCAAGCUAAACCCAAUAACCACGGGAAAUUGCUCAGUGCAAACUGGUUCGAUGGGAACGACAUGACUUUCAAGAGAACGCCGUUGUUACCGACUCCCACCGAAGUCUACAAAAAUUUCGAAGGUCGUGUUUUCACCAUUCCAGUUAUUCAUAAGCCUCCUUGGCAUUUCGUGAAAUAUAAUAAGAUAAACGAAUCAUACAAUGGUACUGAAGCUGUUGUAGAGCUGAGCGCAAAUUCUACUGACAUGGAUGAAGAUACAUUUACGGUGACGGGAGGAAGAGAUCACAAUCUAAUGCAACUGAUUGCGGAUCGGAUGAAUUUUAGCUUUAGGUACGUCGCCCAGGAGGAUAAUAUACAAGGCACAGCAAUGGGCAUCGAAGAAAACGCUACAUUCUCCGGAGCCCUCGGUAUGCUACAGCGGAGAGAGGUCGAACUUUUCCUAGGAGAUGUAGCCGUAACGUGGGAACGAAUGCAAGCAAUGGAGUUUUCCUUCUUUACCCUAGCAGAUUCGGUAGCAUUUGUAACCCAUGCUCCUAGAAAACUUAGUGAGGCGUUGGCUUUAGUGAGACCAUUUCAAAUUACUGUUUGGCCGUUGGUAUUGAUUACUAUCAUGAUAUCGGGACCGAUUCUGUAUUUGAUUAUUGCCUUACCGUAUCGACUCGAAGAAUGGACGAGCGGUUGCUUCGCUAGAGCAAAGCGAUUGAAGGUAUAUCGUGGGCCAUCGUUUUAUCAUCUACAGUACAUCCAAGAGAUGAACUAUGGAGGUUAUAAUCGUGCAACAGGAAUUGCCGGUACACCGCAACAUCCAAGUCUCGACCGCUGUGUUUGGUACACGAUCAAUAUUUAUUUGAGACAAUCUGCAACCAUUCCAUACAACGGUCAUGUAGCCCGGUUUUUCUCGAUUCUUCUAUGGCUAUGCGCUACGUAUGUUCUAGGUGAUGUUUACUCUGCUCAGUUGACCUCGCAGUUGGCUAAACCAGCUCGUGAAGCUCCCAUAGAUACAUUGGGUAGACUCGAAGUGUUUGUGGAACGCGAUGGCUACCAGCUGGUUGUUGAACGCCAGAGUGCUUUUCAGGCCAUGCUUGCCAACAGUAGCGGAGUUCUGCAGCGGUUAUAUCGCAUAACACAGCGACAACGGAACAACGAAUCCUAUCUGGUGUCUUCGGUCGAAGAAGGAAUACGUGCUCUGGUGGCUAACCCUAAGCGGGCCGUUUUCGGUGGCCGUGAAACGCUGUACUUCAACACCAAACGGUAUGGUGCUCACCGGUUCCAGUUGAGCGAGAAGCUUUUUACCCGUUAUUCGGCAGUGGCUGUGCAGUACGGAUCACCGUUUCUAGACAGCUUGAAUGAGGUGAUUAUGCGUCUUUUCGAAGCUGGAAUCAUUGAAAAGAUAACAAUUGCCGAGUACGAGCGGAUGUUUGGCAGCAUAUCCGGACAGUUUGCGGAUGAAACUGCGUUGACAACGAAGCCCGAAAGUACGGAAGUAGAGAGUGGUCAUUCGAAAAAAGCAACCGAAAGCAACGAAAAACUUCAACCAAUGAAUCUUCGAAUGUUGCAAGGUGCCUUUCUUGCGUUGACGGUUGGCCAUACAUUGGGAGUGCUAAUUCUUCUGCUGGAAAAUAAAAGAGUAUAUAUUGGUAUGCUUGGCAAACGUUCCACAGUAAAACUCCACUCGCUGAUUCGAAAGAUUGAGAAACCAUUACGCCGCUUUCGGUGCAGUCUUGAUUAA